AAAAGGUCAACAACACUAGAAAGUGAAACACUCAAAAAUCAAAGAGAAUAAAUUAAACAAGUUCAUCUCUUGAGUGUGCAAAAUUGAAAGAGAGCGAAAUGUGCAGCAAAGUUUCUUCGAUCUCUACGUCGUCGUUGUACUCCUCGACUCGUUCCGUUCCCUCUUCCAGGCUGGGGAAGAAGUUUGUCUUUUUGAACCCGAGAUUUGGCGGAUUGAGGCUUAAGGCGCUUGAUGUGGUCGAAAGACGGAACUGUGUAAUCGGCAAGGCAUCCAGUGAUGAUGACAGUGCCGGUCCCUAUGUAUUGUCUGAGAGUGAAGAUGACGGUGCUGAGGACCUUGCUUUGGAUUCCAAGCUUCAGUUGAAGCUUGAACGGAACAUGAGGAUGAAGUUUUCAAAAAAGAUCAGGAUGCGAAGGAAAAAACUUGGGAGGAAGCGUUUGUUGAGGAAAAAGAGCACACCUUCAAAGCUGAAGAAGGAAAUGCAAGAUUCUGUACCUCAAAUUACCUCGCAGGCUUCUUGUGCCAACUUGGGUGGAGUUGUUGCUGCUGAUAUGCCAGGGCCAGAGACAAAGAAGAGGGAGCUUAGGGGUAUAACGAAGCCACGCCCAGUCUCUCCAGAAAUGCAAGCUCUCGUUCAUGUCCCAGAGAUUGCUCGAACCCAAGUCAUUAAGUUCAUCUGGACUUACAUCAAGGAGAAUAACCUACAGGACCCUGAAAACAAGAAGAUAAUUAUUUGUGAUGAGAAGCUGAAGAAGAUUUUUAAAGGGAAUGAGCGUGUCGGUUUCCUUGAGAUCGCUGGACUAAUUAGUCCUCACUUUCUUUGAGUGACAACUAUUGGCAGGGUAUAUAAACCCCUUCUUUUGUAAAUGGGGUUCUUCUAGUUGACAUAGUAAUGCUAACAUGUGAAAGUCAAUAUUACUAUACUCCCUGACGGUGCACCAAUUUUCAA